CAAUUUUUUCAUAUCACUACAGUAUACCAAACCAAGUGCCCAGUCACCUCACAGUCGUUGCCUGAGUUAGCCGGUUAAACGAGUUUACUGAGUACAACUAGUACGCCUCAAAAUGGCCCAAAUUGGUAAAAUUUUCGCUUCCCGUGCCUGCACCCUCGCCAAAGUUGCUAGUGGUAACAACUUGCGGUUCUAUUGCUGUGCAUCACCAAAAGCUUUCGAGUUCAUUAAAACUGAACUGGUUGGUGAAAAGAAAAAUGUUGCUCUGAUUACGCUGAAUCGCCCGAAGGCUUUGAACGCACUUUGCAAUGGACUAAUGGACGAGGUGGGCCAAGCUCUGGAUAAGUUUGAAGCCGACGCGAGCAUCGGAGCGAUUGUUAUAACUGGAAGUGAGAAAGCUUUUGCUGCCGGUGCAGACAUCAAGGAAAUGCAGAACAACACUUAUGCCAAAUGUAUUACCGGUAACUUUUUGAACAACUGGACUCGGGUCGCCAAAUCUCAGAAGCCUAUUAUUGCCGCUGUCAAUGGAUACGCUUUGGGUGGAGGAUGCGAAUUCGCAAUGAUGUGUGAUAUCAUUUACGCCGGUGAUAAGGCCAAAUUCGGACAACCGGAAAUAGCUCUCGGUACGAUCCCUGGUGCUGGUGGCUCUCAGCGCACCGCCCGUGUUAUGGGUAAAUCCAAAGCAAUGGAAAUGUGCCUCACUGGUAACAUGAUAAAUGCCGAAGAGGCCGAACGUUCUGGUCUCGUCAGUAAAGUUUUUCCGGCAGACCAGGUCGUCGGAGAAGCCAUCAAGCUUGGUGAAAAGAUCUCCACUUUUUCACCAUUGAUUGUUCAACUGUGCAAAGAAGCCGUUAAUACCGCCUUCGAAACCACCCUCACCGAAGGAUUGAAGUUCGAAAGGCGCCAUUUCCAUGCAACUUUCUCGACUAAGGAUCGUCUUGAAGGUAUGACCGCUUUUGUUGAAAAGCGUGCUCCCAAAUUUACUAGCGAAUAAGCUGCAUUUACAAGAUUUACAACAACGAAAAAAAAAAACAUGCAACUCAGGACACAUCCAUUGUAUGAAACAAGGCACUAUGAUAAGCCAAUGCAUUUAAUAAUGUUUAAAUAUUUUUGUACUCUAACCAGUGACAUUUAAAAUAAAUCGAAAAAAGUCUU